UAUAAACCUGACGUUUGCACGAUAUUAUAUUGCUGUGUCUUCAGUACGCUGCCGUUGGAUAAUGAAAAAAAAAAUUUAAGCCGAUUUUUCGAUGAUUGCAUCUAUCUCACUGACAUCCACAGUGAUCGUGCACUGUGUUUCUGUGACUCUUUCUCUUUUCCGUGUUACUUCCGCUCUUGCAUAUCCUUACUCACAAGCAUAAUCGUAGUUUCGAGAUCACUCAAGCAACGCAACUAUGAAAUUCCCGCCUCAAGCAACGAGCACUGUCUGUGGGGUACCGGGUGAGGCGAAAGAGAAAGGGAAGCCAUUAGCCAAGCGUGGAGGGCACGGGGCUCUCGUUGUUUGCAAAUAGUCACCAGUUAAGGAGGUAAUAGCAUGUCCGAGAUUAUACCUACCGCUGGAUAGCAGACGAUACUCCGAACACUCAACAACGGGACCUCAUCAGGGUUUUCAACGACGCGACAGCGGGACAGACCUUACAAGAAGCUUAAUACGUGCCUUGACGGCCGAAUAAGAAGUUGAAUACUUCGGUAGAGCUAUUCAGCAGCGAUAAGGGGUGCACUGACUCACCACAAAAGGGAUGGCCCCUCCGAAGGUGGCCCCGAGCACCACUGGUUCGGUGUUGCUCACGCUGCCCCGUUCGAUUCUUGAGUAUAUCUUUACGUUUCUUGAUCUCAAUUCACUUCGACAAGUAGCUUUGGUUUGUCGACGUUUUAACGCUUUGUUAGCCGAUGAAAAUGGCGAAAUCUGGCGGUUGCACGCCAUGCGCCGGCUUUCGGCCGAAAAUUUUAAAACGCCUACAAAUAUGCUAUCGGAUGUGCCGACAUACAAAUCGAAACUACGCAGUCUCUUCCACGCUUGGGAUCCUUCUGAGUGUUCCAGGAAUAUCUACGUCAAGCCCAACGGAUUCACGAUCCAUCGAAAUCCUGUAGCGCAGUCAACAGAUGCCGCAAAGGGAAAGAUCGGUUUUAAUAACGGUCGCCAUUGUUGGAAAGUUUGGUGGGAGGGUCCUCUCGGAACUGUCGCCGUCAUUGGAGUGUCCACAAAGGAAGCCCCAGUCCAGUGUCCUGGUUACGUGGCUCUGUUGGGCUCGAACUCUGAAUCGUGGGGUUGGAAUCUUGUCGACAACGUUCUUCUUCACAAUGGAGAUAAUCACGGAAUAUAUCCACCACUUAGUAAUCCGCCGAAAUAUCAGGUUGGCGAGAGAAUUCGUGUCGUCCUGGACUGCGAGGAUCACACAUUGUCGUUCGAGCGAGCUAACUGCGAAUUUCUAGGGGUCGCAUUUCGUGGUCUGCCUGACAGGUGCAGGCUGUUUCCGGCCGUAUCAGCUGUUUAUGGCAAUACUGAAGUAUCAAUGGUCUAUCUUGGCCAUCCCCUUGACGGAUAAGAGGAAUGGUAUAAUUCUAGUUCCGAAAGUGGUACAUUAACGAAGUAAAACAUUUGAAACUAUAUUGCCGUACCAGCCAUACACCUGCAGGCGAAAAAAAUUCUUUUCCUUUUUUGCAUUAAAAGGUUAACACGGCAACAAAGUGAUAUUUACGCUGUGUAUUUGUGUGCGUUCUUGUGUAAGUGUGCGAGCAGCUCGAAAAAAAUAGGCUUCGUGAAGAGUGGUUCAUGUUUGAAAGUAUAGUAAGCAGAUAGGUGUGUAGAAGAAUGUAGAAACACCGGAAAUCCAUCAGUGAAAACUACUCUUGUAUAAAGUAUCAUCGAUUCUGUGAAACAGGUUAGAUUGCCAGUGAAGUGACAUUAUCGCAGGCAUCAAAAGCAUGUUGUUGUGUAUAAGAAUAGAGCUUGUGCUUAAUACAAAUCAGUUUCUUCCGACAUUGGUAUGAAUAUAUAUAUAUAUAUAUAUAUAUAUAUAUAUAUAUAUAUAUAUAUAUAUAUCACGUAUAUAUAUAUAUAUAUAUAUAUACGUGAUAUCACUGAAAACCAUUUUUAUGUAGGCUAAAUUAAAUAAUCCGUUUGCUUCUGUGAAAAAAAGCUGUCGCGGACGCCAUAUUGUCGAACGGGGUUUAGAGUGUAUUGUAGCUUGUUCGAUUAUAGUCAAAGUAAGUUUAUUAACUAGUCAUGUUUUUCUUUAUGACAUUUGCUAUAAACAGGUAGCUGUUUACUCUAAAACUGAUGAAAGUAAAAGCUUUUAUCCCAUCAGAUAUCAUUGAAAUACAGACAUAUUAGGCGAGGAAGUCAUCAUUCCGACUUCAAUAAAGGGUCACUUCCCAACUGACGACCAUAUACUCGUGCAAGCGGAUGAUCGGAAAACUACCCUAAUAGUAUUGUAUUUGUUUAGAUAUGUAUUAGGUUAUAUUGAAUUGAUCAUCUGGAAUAUUGCAUGGGUGUUCACUUAUUGCAAAAUAUUUCCUGUUAGCAUGAAGCUCCGCAAUGUUACAGACGUAUUUCGUUUUUCUCGUACUAAAGACAGAGUUUACUAGUUGUAUACGUAGCUAUUUAAAGGCUAGGAGUGAGGAUCCGGUCUGUCUAGCUAUCAAGUCAUUGAAAGGACACAACUAGGUAGCUAAAUCGAAUCUAACGUAUUUGAUAAAAGAAAAUCGUUCAUUUAUAGUGAAAGUUUCAUGGAGAUCUUUGGUUGCCAUACAACGGCUGUAUCAUCUAUGAAUAUAGAAGUCGGCAGGACCUGUAAUCUCUUCAUUUGAUGUUCGUAGACAAAUGUCGAUGCACUAACUAUGUCCAUAUCAGGUCCGAUUUUGUUACAAAGCACCAUUCUCUUGUUCGCAUUGGCCCAAAGGUUUUUGAAGAAGGGGAUCAAUGUUUUUGUUCUUCCUCUCCCUGAGAACUGGAUGGCAAUUCGCUCCCCAUCUGCAACUUAUAGAAACUAGUCAUUUUUUGUAUUAUGUUACUUUAUGUAAAGGGCAAAUGAAGCAAAAUACAAACGCUUUUUUUUUUUUCGAAAUAGUGUGACUAGGCUCUUCUUCUGGGAAGGUUGAUGCUAGUAGUAAUAAUAAGUUUAUUUACACAAGUUGUGUUAUAUAGAUGUGUCGCUGAUCGAGUUUAAAGCUGCCAAUUCCGGUCUGAGACAAGAGCUUGGUCGUCUAGGCCACUGCAUCAACUGUAUUCAUUUAAAUAUGUACAGACAAUAUUCAUCUUAGAAGAAAGCAUUUUUGUGACCAUCGAAAUCCGGUGAUAAGUCUCAUUUCGGCGAGAAAAAUUAACAUGACGGUAACACAUAUAUAUAUACACCAUUGAAACAUGGUAAUGAGUAUUUUUCGU